AUGCUCUUCGGCAGAGGAGGUACAGAUCUUCCUUCGGAUGUGCAGAGGGAACGGAAAACAUGCUCGGGAAUACCUCGUUGGGCUCAAAGCCUUUUGAAGGCGUUGCAGGAGAAAUGCGAGCAUGCACUACCGAAGGAGACUUGUGCGGUGCUGUUCGAUCCGGUCAAACGCGCUCGUCAGCUCAUCCUAAACCUGUACGAACCUGGCGCGGGUAUCGCAUCGCACAUUGACCUAGCUCAUCGCUUCGACGAUGGCAUCUUUUGUCUAAGUCUAGGCAGCGGCGUAGUCAUGUCUUUUGCGCGCAGCGAUCUUCAGCCUGUCCAGACGGCCACAGGGACGCGGGAAUUGAGCAUCUGGUUACCUCCUAGAAGUCUGCUCGUACUCACAGGCAAAGCGAGGUGGCAAUACGCGCACGGCAUCGAAGCACGUCCGGGAGAUUGGGUGUCUGAUCAACGUGCGCACUCGCACGGGAUGGCAGCAGCACAGGUCAGGCUGAGCAUCACCGGCAGAUGGCUCAAGCAAGGUGCAGAUGUUGUGGGGGGAGGGUAG